GUCCUCCCAAUCACCUUGUCUUGCUGGCGGGAGCGACUGACACUGCAAGCAUGCGGUUGUUCCACCUGCUAGUGCUACUCUGCUCCGUGCCAGCAUCAAUUGCAGUCAAGUCUUCAGAUUUUAAGACAUGUUCUCAGGCUGCAUUCUGUCGACGAGGUCGUGCGUUAGCCGACAGAGCUGAUGCAGCUAGCUCAUGGACCUCACCUUACUCUGUCAAUGCUUCAACUCUUUCUCUUGCCCCUGAUCAGGCAUCUUUCACAGCUGCUAUCAAAUCUGCUCUGUACCCCGAUAUCAAGUUCGGGCUGGAUGUGCGGAUUCACGACGAUGGCGCCGUCAGAGUCCGUAUGGACGAGGAAGACGGUCUGAGGAAGAGAUACGACGGCGCGGCGUCUUGGGCACUGGUUUCUGAGCCCGCGAUUAGCAAAAACAUCAAGUGGUCAAUUGGACCGACCGAGGCUCGUGCAAAGUACGGUGAGAACGGAGAUGUCGAAGUCGUGGUGGCUUUCCAGCCUCUCAAGGUGACCUUACUGCGCGAUGGCAAGGAGCAGGUUGUUCUCAAUGGUCGCGGCCUCCUGCACAUGGAACACUUCCGCAAUAAGCAGGAAAGCGAUGAGAAUACCCCCGUUGAUGCGCCGGUGGAGGAUGGCCAAGUGGUCAUGCAGGUCAAUAACCGCGCUUGGUUCGAGGGUGAUAGCGAAGACGGUUAUUGGGAGGAGAAGUUCGGUACAUGGACGGAUUCCAAGCCUAAGGGCCCGGAGUCCUUAUCUAUCGACAUCGCCUUUCCCAAUCAUGGUCAUGUCUAUGGCAUUCCCCAGCACGCGACACGCCUCUCGCUCCCAACUACUCGUGGAGAGGAAGCGUACUAUUCCGACCCCUACCGACUGUAUAAUACGGACGUAUUUGAGUAUCUCGCCGACUCGCCCAUGUCGCUGUACGGGUCGAUUCCAGUUAUGCACGCCCAUUCCGUGGACUCGACCGUCGCUAUCUUCGAUGCCGUAGCAUCUGAGACCUGGAUCGACGUCGCGCAUCCGAGACCUGGCGCCACAGAGACCCACUGGAUCUCCGAAUCUGGCAUCCUAGAUAUUUUCAUCAUGCCUGGACCAACGCCUGUAGACAUUUUUACGCAAUACACGAAGCUUACGGGGACGCCGUCGCUGCCUGCACUCUGGGCUCUUGGAUAUCAUCAGUGCAGGUGGAACUACAUCAGCUCGGACGAUGUACGCCACGUGCAGAAGGGCUUCGACCAGGAGGACAUGCCAGUUGAUGUCUUCUGGCUAGACAUAGAGUAUGCCGAGGACCAUAAGUACUUCAUAUGGGACAAGAGGACUUUCCCGGACCCGGUCGACAUGACGCAUGACGUCGAGGCCAUCGGACGCAAGAUGGUCGUCAUUGUCGAUCCUCACUUAAAACGAACGGCUGACUAUCCAGUCUACGAGGAAGCCAAAGAACUCGGCGUGUUGGUAAAGUCGGCGAGCGGCGACAAUGACUACGAAGGCUGGUGUUGGAGCGGGAGCAGCUCCUGGAUUGACUUCUUCAACCCGAAAAGCUGGGGCUGGUGGAAGGGGGUUUUCAAGACGGUGUCGCAGAAUGGGCAUUGGAGCUGGACAGAGAGUACCGUCGACACAUACAUUUGGAACGACAUGAACGAGCCGUCUGUGUUCAACGGACCUGAGAUCAGCAUGCCGCGUGACAACAUCCACUAUGGCGGUUGGGAGCAUCGUGACAUUCACAACAUCAACGGAAUGCUCUUGCACAACAUGACGUCGCAAGCCCUUAUGGCACGCACGGAUCCACCGAAGCGUCCCUUCGUCCUGACUCGCUCCUUUUACGCCGGUUCUCAGCGUUUCGGCGCGAUGUGGACUGGUGACAACCUUGGCACAUGGGAGCACAUGGCGGCUGGUGUCCGUAUGGUGCUUGCAAACAACAUCGGCGGGUUCAGCUUUGCUGGGUCCGAUGUAGGAGGAUUCUUCGGUAACCCGGAGCCAGAGAUGCUGGUGCGCUGGUACGAAGUUGGGAUCUUCUCGCCGUUCUUCCGGGCGCAUGCGCACAUCGACACGAAGCGUCGCGAACCGUACCUCCUCGAUGAGCCGUACAAGAGCAUGAUCCGUGGCCUCCUCCGCCUGCGAUACAGCAUGUUGCCCAUGUGGUACACCGCCUUCCGAGAGACGAGCGUCACGGGUCUGCCUGUGUUGCGGCCGCACUACGUGGUAUUCCCGCGGGACGAGUCCGGUCUCGCAAUCGACGACCAGUUUUUCGUCGGGAGCUCUGGGCUGCUGGUGAAGCCUGUGACGGAGAAGGGCGUGACGGAGACCUCGAUUUACCUCCCAGAGAACGAGGUGUACUACGACUACUACUCGCACGAUGCAUACAGGGGCACUUCCGCCGGCAAGGAGGUCGUUGUUCCUGCCGACCUAAGCAAGACUCCCCUCCUCGUCCAUGGGGGUUCGAUCAUCCCUACGCGCGAGCGGCCAAGGAGAUCCUCUCCACUCAUGCACUACGACCCCUUCACUCUGCGGGUGGCCCUGAGCCAGGACGGUGCAGCGCGGGGCGAGCUUUACCUCGACGACGGUGUAACGUUCUCGCAUCAGGAUGGCAACUUCAUCUGGCGAGAGUUCACGGCCGACAAGAUCGACAGCACUGCAAAGAGCGUCCGAAUCGUAAGUCGUGAUCUGGCCACGGCUAGACCAGACGAAGCUGUUGAUGGAGUGGCGUUGGCAAAAUACGACGAGUCGAACGCGUUCACGAGGGACAUAGUCGGCGUGCGGGUGGAGAGGAUCGUCGUGCUCGGCUUGGCUGGAAAGCCUACGCGUGUUGAGGUAGCGGGCAGGAAGUUGUACUGGGAGUACGCGCCUGGUAUCGCGGCGUCGGACAAAAGGGAAGGCGUGGCGAGUGUUCUGGUCAUUAAAGACCCAGGCAUGAGCAUCGUCAGCGAUUGGGAGCUUACCAUCCAGGCUUGAUAGACAGCAAGCUCCAAGUGUAUACCAGAUAGUUGAAUACCAUGUACUUUCCCUAUGUCUGCAUUGGACAGGGCGCAAACUUGUAUCUGUACGGGUGCAUGACCAGGCUACCGAUCGUCCUACAUCAUUGCUCUUGGCCCGAGAGCUCCUGAAUGCUUCAAUUGAGCAGGGGAACGAUUGUAAUUCUCGGUCAUCCGAGCAGGUGGCGCCCUUGGAUAUGACAUUGCAUU